AUGGCGCCAAACCGACAAAACAACGGUUCCCGGAACAAGGGAAAGCAAUCGGGGAGGAAACAAGGACAGAAUCCGACCUCAACCACUCGCAAUCAAUCCGAAGGGUCGGGUGUCAAACGGGGCAGUCAAUCCGCGACACCCCAAAGCUCUCAGGCCGCCGGAAGAGGAAACGGCAACAGUCAACAAGCAGCACCGGCUGCUCAAGUUCCUCUUCGACUGAGAGCAACGAUGCCCGGCCGCCCUUCCAGCAACCCUGGAGCAACUGCGCAAGGCCAACCAACCAGCAGUGCUCCACCCAAGUCCCAGACCGCCAAGAACAACAGAACGGGACAGCAGCAGCCAACUGGUCCGACAACACCUUUGGCAGGUCAAGAACCCGCGGCGGUGGCAUCUCCAGCUGCCGCCACCCGUUUGAUCCAAAAGACGGGCAGGGGAAUCUUCGACCUGACAACCCGAUUUGGUGCAUCCAGUUGGGCUGCUGCAAAGGGGGGGAUUGAAGCAGCAAAAACUCCAGUUAGCGUCGGUGGGCAGACAGCAACUGGAGUUCAGAGUGGUACAAUCGUGAACCGGGGAUGGCCCGUCGCCAAUCGUGGCCAGCCAACUGCAUCCAGCCAAUGGUCUUCUUGGUCGUAUCAACUCCAGUACCAUUCAAGUUUUCUUGAAUUGUACACCGACGAGAACCACGGCCUCAGCGCCGAUCGCAUCGACUUGUUGCUGGACGACAGCACAAUAUCCACAGCGGAGAAGUUUUGCCACUUCCGGGAGAUGUCUCUCGCCAUGGACCGGGUUUUGCGGGCGAAAGCCCAAGAAAUCAACGGUCUGCGGAAAGAGAUUCUCUCCUUGGACGCUAAGCAAAGGGAUUUGCUGUUGGAAAUGGAGGCGCAGCAGUUGCAGGCAGACGAGCGAGCUGAGACGCUCGUCGAAGAAGCAGAACAAGAUGCCAGAGACGCUCAGAAUCUGCAAGAUCGAUUAGAGCACGAGAUCUGGACCCUGGCAGAGGAAAACCUCUAUCUCUUAGGCUGUCUCGAGCCCAAGGAGUCCGAGCAGGCAUCAGUGGCUUCUGAACGAUUGGCCGACAAUCACGAUGAGGUCGGAGGAACCGGCUUGGAGCCAGAUACUCCAAUCAAGUCCGAGCUGACAACAGGCGAGGAAUCGGUGUCUCAAAUUCUGGAGACACUCGAUGAGAUCGCCUCUGCUGGCAAACAUCUUGAGCGUUUGCAAGAUGAGACCGAAGACCAGCACCAAAGCGAGGUGGACAAUGAUACCAUUGGAGAUCUGGAGGCCGACCAAGCCGUGGAACGGAAUCUCUUCGUUUCGAUGGAGAGUGAAGGUGUUUCGGACGCUGUGGGUUUUGCCAUGGCUGAUGAGCCUUCUGGCAUGGACGCGUCUCUGCCGAAAUUCGUUGAUAACUCCACGCAGACGUGUGUGGACAAUGUUGACGGGUCGACGCAGACAGUCGAGCCGGUUGAAGUCGCCCUUCUGGAGACUUCGACCCAGACUGAAGCCGAAGUGCCCCUCGAAACGCAAGACAGCCUGGUGCAGACAGAGCCAGUGAUCAUCUCAAAAAGCAGAUGGUGGCGAGGACUUGUCCUUGUUUUCUUGAUGCUUCUUUGGGCAUUCAUUGUGCUUUGGAGCCGCAGUGAUGACCAGCAGAUGUGGCUCGAAGCCAAUACUCUCGUUUCCGACGUGGGAGACAUGUCUGCUUGGCCAUCCUGGCUCGAGGAGCUGAGAUUUGAUCUCAGCAACUGGCUGCAAGUUGACCGGGUUAUGCUUGGGUAG